AAUAACGUCACCGCGUAAGGUGACACUUCCUGGAGACUGAGGAAACAACAUGGCGCCGUUCUCGAAGCAUUAUGACAACUUUGAAGCAUACAUGAUCAACUUCAAUGAAGGUUAAGAAGAAACAAUCCGAAAUCUAAAAUGUGGGGGACAUCUCACAACAGAAGCAAUCCAUGGCGGCUCUUCCGUCCAUCGACUGCUACCGAAAAUCACGAACCAUCACGAGAUCGAAAUAACAAGACGAUUGAGUAUUCACGUGCACGCAGUUCAGCAGACACAGUUUUGUCAAAGAGACAGGAAACAAACCAUGUCUUUUACGAGCAAUAUGACGACAAUGCAAAUGCAAACAUUAUAGAUAAAUUUAACGUUUAUGGCUGGAAAAAGAAAUUUACAUGUGACAAACAAACCCAGACUGAUCCUGCAACUGAAACGACAACGAACCAGAAAAUUGCUGCUCGAAAGUCGUUUGCGAAUAAAGUCAUAUAUUCUAAAUCGUGCGACAGUUUGCUGAAAAAAACUCCGACACGGCUUUAUUUUAGUAGAAGCUUUGAUAAUUCAAAGAAAAUUAGAAGAUGUGAAAUUGAUGAGCAGCAGACGACAAAGUUUUGUGACAAUCGUGAAAGGGUUCUUGAAAAACUGAAAAAGCCACACGAUGAUUUAUCAUCAAAUACGGCUGUUUUUCCAGAAGGUCUUAGCAUGACCGAUGGUUUUUAUGGCGGCAAUUGUUACAAAAACACCCAACACGAAGACGAAUUCAUGUCGCCAAAAGAAAAAUGCGAGAAAAAACCAAGCGAAGUCCCGAAUCGCAUCGAACAAAGAAAAAGUAAGCAAUAUCUAGGCGACGAUAUCUGUUCUGACUUAGAAUCAAAUCUUAGAAAUAUGUCAUGUCAGGAUAAAACAGAAGACACUUUUAUAAACGAAUGGAGUCCAUUUCAUCAGAACCGUGAAAGAGACAACGAGUUUAAUGAUUAUCGUCAAUCUGAUGAUGUCAGUCUGGCUUCAGAGCGAAGCUGCUAUUCAAUAUCUUCCGAGGAACAAGAAAACGAGAUUGAGUAUGAGAUUGUCGACUGGUGUGAAUAUAAUGAGGGUUACAAAGAAACAGAAGAUUGUUCCAAAAAGAGGUCUGGCGGAAUCAGUUCCCAAUUAAACACACCCGUACUGGACCUGAGUGCCCUAGACGGCUAUCAUACGGCCCCAAACUCGCCGCAUGCUCCCAUUGAAUCCGAAGAAUAUCCUCCGCUAUAUCAAGAGAAAGAGAUUAUCUUGGAUUUCACAGAAAAUAAUGGUGCAUCAAAUAAUAAGUGUGUAAAAGAAAUCAAAGAUUUUGGGAAUCGCUGUGAAUCUGACGGUGCAUCAUCCCAUUACAAAAAGGAAGAUAAUGCUUUCCAAAAACAGACUUUGUGUUGUAAAUGCGGAAAAACUAUGGCAUCCAAUGAGGAGCAGUUUCAGAGUGGUACGGUUGAAAAUAGAAAUAAGACAAAUAAUCGUAACAAUCAAUAUGAGCUGGUUGGACAAUACCAAAGGUCAACUGAGGUUGACUUUAGAAAUCUUACGUUAGAGACGCCUCCAUUUAUAGCAGUGAACAGUCUACAUUACGAAGCUGACCCAGAGACCGGGAAAGCAAAAGUCGUUGGCCGAGGAAGUUUUGGACAGGUGUAUAAGGCAAGAUUUUCAGAUCCUAGGUUUAACCAUCUUCCAAUAGUUAUUAAAGAAUUUGAUGAAGAGUUCACGAAUUCUAAAGAAAUCAUCGAGGAAGCAAAACGUUUGAAUUACCUACAAGAUACGAGAUAUGUUCCUAUUUGCUACGGCCUUCUAUGCUUCGGCUCCCCAGUCCAGCCGAAAUAUGGGAUUGUCCAGGAAUACGUAGGCACCGGUUUGACCUUGGAACAAAUGCUUUGGGAUCAGUAUGAACUCCCGUUAGAAUACUGGUUCCGGAUUGCAAUACAGUGUUGUGAAGGGCUUGCUAGAUUCCACGAUAAAGGCAUUCUUUUGAAUGAUAUUAAAACCAAUAACAUUUUACUGGAGUUUGAAGAUCAUUCUGUUCGAAUACGAUAUAUCGAUUUUGGACUGGCUACAGACAUGCGCGGGAAACGGUAUAAGAACAGUCGCUCAUUGGAGGAUUUUGUUUACCUUGCACCGGAAGUGAGAAAAUACGGAAAAAUCACUACCGUGGCGUCUGAUAUCUAUUCACUAGGUUUUAUUUUGGAACAGAUAAAGAAAUAUACGGGUGUGAACGAGUUAGUGGUGAUAGCCCGUCUAUGUAUGGAAAGGGAUCCAGAAAAGCGACUUCCGCCAUGGAAAGCAGCAAAACUGUUGAAAGAUCACAUGAUCAAGCUUGGAUUUGACGUCAUGUUUUCAUGGGACGUUUAAGAGUAUGUGUAACGACAAACGUAUAUCAGGCAUGGCCGAAAGUUGAAUAAGACGACAGUUAUGAUGGCAGCAGACAGCGUUAUUAUAUUAAUUUACAUGUAUAUAUAUUUAUAUUCAAAACGAAAAAUCGAAUAGAACAUUAACUGACUGCACCAACAGUUAAAUUUAACUCAUGGAAUUAUUAUUAUUCAUUAUGAAAAAGUGAUCUUUAAAACUGUAUGAGUAAUCUGAAAAACAAAACAACCUUUGCUAUCAACAGGAAGUGAAUGAAAUAGUAUGUAGUUUAAUACACGAGUAGAAUAUUGUUUUAAUAUUUGGUCACAAGACCAUUGAACUAUUUCAAUAUCUUCUUCAUCCAUCACUGAAUCAUGUUUUACAGAGCUGACGCAUUUGUUAUAAAGUACAUGUACAUUGUUUUAAAGCAUCUGCGCGUUACAAAAGUAGCUAGAAGCGAAAGUAAAAAAAAAGGUUUAGGAUUUCAAAAAAUUUAAACAGAAAAUCUAAAAAUUCGGUAUUUGGAAUUGCCGUUUUUUUCUUCAAAAAUGAAAGAAUGUACAUAAAUUCGCUAAAUUUUGUAAUAAAGAACAAAUUUGGGUUAUAUUUCAAAAUAUUUGUUUUCAUAUAUUGUAUGUUAUAGUAGCAAUAAUAAAUACUUGAUUAUAAAAUACC